GGUGUAAAGUACCUAGUUGAAAAUUCGAAGGACAUGAAAAUGGUGCCUUUGGAGUUUGUUUUGCCAAUUCCAGAAGGUGAAAGGCCAUCAUUGGCCAUCGAUGGUUCCAUUCCAAUUAUAGAUUUGGGUGGACUCAAUGGACCUGAUGAACAAAGACUAUCAACUAUACAUGCCAUUAGUUCUGCUUGUGCUCAAUGGGGAUUCUUUAGGGUGACUAAUCAUGGUAUAGAAGUGUCCCUGAUUGAUGAAAUGUUACGAGUGGUAGAAGAAUUUUUCAACCUUCCAUUGGAAUAGAAAAUGAGAUAUUGUUCAGAAAAUGUGAUGGAUCCAGUAAGAUAUGGAACAAGCUUGAACACUACCAAAAAGCAUAACCUCCAUUGGAGGGACUUUCUCAGGCACUAUGCAGGUCCACUUCCAAAAAGCUAUCACCUUUGGCCAGAUAAUCCUCCUACCUACAAGCAAGUUGCAAAGGAGUACUUAAAGGAAGUUUGGCAACUUAAGAUAAAAAUGUUUAGAGCAAUAUCAGAAGGAUUAGGGCUUGAUCCAGAUUAUAUAGAAAGGUCACUUGGAGUUGAAGGAACUCAAAUGAUAGCUUCAAAUUAUUAUCCAGCAUGUCCUGAGCCAAACAAGACAUUGGGACUUGCUCCACAUUCAGAUCAUGGUGGUCUCACUAUUUUGAUGGACAAUGGCAUUCCUGGCUUGCAAAUUAAACGCAAUCAAACAUGGUACUCUGUCCCCAGUAUCCCUGGCACUUUUGUUGUCAAUCUAGGAGAUUAUUUGGAGAUACUGAGUAACGGGAAGUACAAGAGCAUAGAGCAUCGAGGAGUAGUCAAUACAGAGGCGGCACGUAUCUCUGUAGGAGUGGGUCAUGGCCCAGCAAUGGACGCAAUAGUUCAGCCUGCAAGCCCACUUAUCAAAGAAAAGAGUGAAAGUGCGUUUCGGCCCAUUGUUUACAAGGACUAUAUUAAAGCCCAACAAACUACUGUUAAGAGAGGGAAGAGUGCGUUGCAUGAGAUAAUGACUUCUUCCGACAACUAGAAUCGGAGCUAGAAAUCUGGGUAUGAAUUAAAUCGUAUUUAAUAAAUCUUUUUAGUGAACUUUUAGUUUGUCUAAACGUUGGAUUUCAUAAUUUUGCAAGCCCUUCCUGAAAUUCCUUUAGAGCCGGUUGAAUAAUCUUUAUGGAUUCUGUCAUUUAAUUGAACUUGCCAAUAAAAUUUGUUGUAAGAC